UCGUUCGUCUCGGUGUCCAAUACAUCCCUUAGGUCUGCAGCAAGCAAAUCGCCUCGGAUGUCAGCACGGUUGGCAAAGAAGAUCCAUCCAUUUAUUCUUACAAAAAGUCGAGACAUCUAUCCAUACUUAGCUUCCAAGGAUUCUUUGGACUCGGUUGAGUCAUUGCGAGAGGAGCACGGUGGCACAGGGAGCUCGACACUUGCAGCAUCUACUCUCAAGAAGAAAAAGGGCCCUCUGCGUAACAUCAAUCUUGCAGAUGAUAGUGCAAAGGCUGCGCUCAUGGAAGAGUGGGCAAAUCUUCGCAUGUCUCAAGGAACACUGCUGUCAAGUACGAGUGCAGGUAGGGAUAUAACGCCACACCUGUCGAGCAACUGUGGAAACCAGGAACCUUGCAACGAAGCGUCUGGUGAAGUGGCUGAAGUCAACAAACCCCAUCCCAUUCCAGCCAACGACCAAAUAGAACAUACUUAUCCUCGGCCUUCCGGCUCCCUGUCUAACCAAGUGACCGAGCCACUCCCAGAUUUGGAUAUGCCUGCUACAAAUGAGUUGCUACUCACCCCCGCGCUCCCGCAAGAGGUAUUGGCCCCACAUAACAGUUUACCAGAAUAUGACUUGAGGUACCCGAGCUCGUCCCCAGAGAAUAUUCAUCCAGCGAUUGAGGAUAUGACUCCAUUACAUAAUGUUAAUGAGGGGACAACGGAAAUAAUAGCCCAGGCCUCACAUACCCCUGUCAUCGGUUCUCCAAAGGUUGUGAACCAGCCCCUCCAACUACUUGCUGCCGAUAGUAAAAUCACGACAUUGCAUCCCCCAAGUAGUCCUAUACUGCCAAAGCUUGAUACCCUCCCCGAGACCACGAUUUCGACUAGCCCUGCUGUCCCUGUUGAACCUGAAGAUUCUUUGGCCAGAGCUUCUUCUGCUGCCGAUAUUGAGCUCGUUAUCUCAUCUCAAGCCGAUAUCGAGGAUGUCGUUUUGGGUUUUCACAUGGUGGGCCUGCAUGAGGUGCUUUCGCCAUGGGUGCCAUUGUCUCCCACAGCGCCAUCUGUUUACGUCCCACCUGCUGUGCAGCACUUAAUUGCCGCCAUGAACCAUGAACUGGAAAUUGAAUGCCAGGCUCGAAUACGAGCUGAAGAGCUUUAUCUAGAUGAAAUGCGCAAGCGCAUUAAGAUGGAAGAAGUGGUUGAUAGGUUACAGAGGGAACGGGGACAGGUACAGGAGCAAGGUGCAUCUCAGCAGCCUCCCUCAUUGCAUGCUUCACCGCAUGCGGCUUCGGCGCACGUAAGCCUAGAAGAAGCUAGGCAACAGGAUGGUGAAGCUAAACCAACAUCCACUGAUAUCACUUAUCUGAAUGUCACGACGGAAGGUUCUUGUGCUUGAAGCAUCAAGUCAUUUCACCAAUCAACUUGCUUUCAAUCUGAUUCCACUUCUACUUUGUCACAAUCUAUACAAACUCAACGAUCGAUAUACAGAUCUAAGGUUUUCAUUAGUGCCAUCCU